AAGAUGAUAGAUGCGUCUCCUUUCUCUUCAUUGGAGGACGCAAUCUCAUUUGCAAGGCAGUUGUGGUUCAAAGAGUCCCGUAUACAAUCAUGGUUGGAUGCCUUCUCUGGACACAGUCACCUCUUUCGAGCCAUUCGUUAUGCCCCGGGAUCAAUGAUGAGGGAAAUGCUUCAUUGGGACCGAAAGUACCGGGCUAAAUUUGGGUUUGAGUUUAUAACAAGUACGGAAACAUGGUUAUCACAGGAAAUACUUGACGAGGUGAAGAUGGCUAGGAAAGGUCGGUACACGAAAAAGCCAAAAUCAGGACCAGGAUGUCAGCAACCUCUAACCGCUCCACCUUCGGGCUCAGGUUCCCACCAGGCUGACUCUCAAGUCCUCCCCGCUGGUGGUGACGGCAUCCCUCCAACUUCCCGCCCAUUUCGUCCGCCGCGCAGUGAACCUAGGCCUGCUACACAAAUGAGCGCAAAUAGCGUUCACAACUCGGAGCUAGGCCAGGAGACCCUUUUGGAGGCUAAUGCUCCAGAGGUAGAAUCUCGUGAUCAUGAAGAUGACGACCACUCUAGUGCUUCUGGAGCUCAGAGUCGUAAAAGGCGCAAGACUACAGAAUUUUGGACAGUUAAGAUAAUCGAUUCUGACGGCACAGUCAAGCCGGCAAGAUUAAGCGUGAGGGAGGCUAUGGAACGGCCUAAUGGGAGAAGGAUCGUGCUGAGAUUCAACAACGAAAUGCAGCCAAUUGGAGACGAGGCUGGACUGCUAAGUGGGGUGCUUGGUCUGCUUGGAUCUGACUACGCAAAAUUUCCUAUCGGUAAGGAAAGUUGGCACAAGGUUACCACUAAAAACAAGGUGUAUAACGAAUGUGUGAAGCAAAUUUUUCAUUUUGACGAAGAUAGUGAAGGUAGUAUCAAGAAAUAUAUUUUGCAAAGUAUGGGAAGGUCUUGGAAGGAAACAAGGCUGAGGUUGUAUAAUGCCUUCUACGAGCCAACAUUUACAUUUGAGCAGAAUAUCGAGCACCGUCCGCCAGGAAUUGAUCGAGAGCACUGGAGAGAGUUUCUAGAAUAUCGCGCCAAACCUGAGACGAAGGUAAUCCAGUAUACCAUUGGUAGAAUGUGCUAUAUUUUAUGUAGCAUUAAGUGCUAUUAAAUCAGUAUCUAAUUGUGACUUUAAUUUGGCAUUUAUGGACCGAUAAGAGAAAUGCAAGAAGAACGCGACUAAUCGAUCAAAACAAGUAUAUACCCACACUGGCGGUUCAAAAAGCUUCGCACGGCGGAUGGAAGAAGAGUCUGAAGAACAAGGAAGAAGAAUUGGUAGAGAAGAGCUAUGGAUAAAAGUGCACAAGAAAAAUGAUGGCUCCUAUAUGAAUGAGGAAGCAAGGGCAAUUGGUGAAAGAAUUGAGGAGAUUGAGCAACAGGAUGAAUCUUCUAGAGUGUUGUCUCAAAAUGACUCCAUUGCUCAGGUUUUUGGUAAAGAGAAACCGGGUAGAGUACAUGGUGUGGGUUUCGGUCCGACUCCUACCCAACUCUUUGGUUCGAAUUCACGUGCGCCAGGCAACAGAGUCGAAGAAGAGGAGACCCAGAGGAAGUUGUGUGCACUGGAGGCAGAAUUGGAAAGCGAGAAGUUGAAGAGGAAGGCGAUGGAAGACGAGGCAGCAGCAGAUAAGAAAAAGAUGCAGGCGAUGGAGAGAGCUCUGAUUUAUCUUUUUCAAAGGCAGGGUGAGGAGUUGCCGGGAGACAUCGCUGUAGGGAUGAGUUCCGUCGAAUGAAAGAGUGAACAAUAAUAGUAGGAUUAGAUAGUGUUUGGAUCGAAUCAAGUAUUUUUUUUCUUUAAAUUAGACUAUGCAACUCUUUGCAAGAGAUUUGUACUCUUCAUAUUUUUAUGAAAAUAUUAUUUUGGC